UCGAAUUUUUCAGGUGGACUACUUUUUAGGGGCCAUUUCCUCUUAAUCGCGAACUUCCUGUUGAUUUCAUCGGAAAUCCAGCUUCACCGAGGAAUUUAGAGCAUCAAAAUGGUUGAACGGGAAGAAUUAGUAUAUAGAAGUAAAUUGGCUGAACAGGCCGCGAGAUAUGAAGACAUGAUAAGUGAUAUGAACGAGGUGGCAAAGAUGGAUCCAGCUAUGUCGGUAGAAGAACGUAACAUGUUCUCGGUUGCCUACAAAAAUGCUAUUGGACCAAGAAGAGCAGCAUGGAGAAUACUAUCAAGAAUUGAAGGGAACGCAACGGAUGAAAAAAAUAGCAAGCAACGGAUUAACGUUGUCGCUUACAAAAAAAAGGUUGAGGGGGAACUGAAACAUAUCUGCCAUGAAGUGUUAGAUAUUUUAACAACAAUCUUGGGAAAGGAAGAUUCUAAUGCUUCAGAAUCCAAAGUGUUCUACUAUAAAAUGUAAGUACUCUUUUCACUAACCACUUUGAAAAUGCUACAAAAAACAUGUCUUUUUACAGAGAAGUUUAUUUCACUUACAAUUGUUGUACAAUGUAGCAUGCAA